UAACUAUCAAAACCCUAAAAUCCUUUGAAAGCGCUCCGUCUCUUGAAAAAGCUCCUCACUCCGCAGCUUCAAUUUCGAAGUCCCAGCGCCACAUCCGUCACCACAUCCCCAACAUGGUUCUCCAAAACGAUAUAGAUUUGUUGAAUCCCCCAGCGGAGAUCGAGAAGAAGAAGCACAAACUCAAGCGUCUCGUUCAGUCUCCCAAUUCAUUCUUCAUGGAUGUUAAAUGUCAAGGCUGCUUCAACAUCACAACUGUAUUUAGCCACUCUCAAACUGUGGUAGUGUGUGGUAAUUGCCAGACAGUUCUAUGCCAACCAACUGGUGGCAAAGCUAGACUUACCGAAGGGUGCUCAUUUAGGAAAAAGGGUGACUAAAUCUGUUUCAUAUGGCCCAUUCUGGGUAUCUUUUUGAUUUGUUAAAAUGCCUUUAUUUUAAUAGCACUAUCAAUGCUUUAUAAAGAUUAUGCUACUUCUUUAUUAAUGCCAUGGAUUUUUUUGUUUAAAUGAGUAUUUGGUUUUACAUUUGGUUGGUUUUAUGAUCUUUUAUAUAAACAUUAAUAUCUUUA